AUGAAUGUUGUUGAUGCGAUCCUGGAUGGCCUGUUGAGUGUCAUACCUAACAAUGAUGAUCAUUACAUUGAUUGUGAUCAUAUAGGGGGUGUAUGCUAUCAUAUUGAGGUUGGAAUUAAGGAUGAUGGAAGAUUGAAGCCAAAAUAUGGUUGGCGUCAAGCUAGAAUUAAGUCGACAAUGAAGUCAAAAGAAUCACGUCGAUAUGAUGGUCAAGUAAAUGAGGUAGACAAGAAAGCUAACAAGCAUGUACUGGCUGCAUUUGUGAAAACUCACCUAGCCGGGGAGGACGGAAAGACCAAAAUUGUGAUAGAAGAUGCUCAAUCUGAAAAGAAAUGGAGUCUUGUGCUGGAUGCUGAAGAGAAUCUUGGAAAGAUUUCUGGCAAAGCUUGGAAACAGUUGGUGCAAGAGAUGGAUAUUGGCAUGGGUCAGUUAUGCGGACUGGAAUGGGUCAAAGGGACUAACUUGUUUUUCUUCCACAUCUUGUAA